AUGUCCACAACAGCAGUCGCCGAGACUGACCCUGGCCCCACCCACGUCGAGGCCACAAAGGAAAGGUCUUCCAUCAAACUCAUGGACCUCCCCAUGACCAAAAAGAACAAGGACAAAAGCAAGGACACCACUACUCAUAGCGAUACGAAUAGCUCCAGCAGCGAACACACCAAGCACCAACAACACUCCUCGUCUUCUUCUUCCUCCUCGUCGUCAAUAUCGUCUACAAAGACAAAAAAAAGAUCGGGGAUGGCGGCCAAUAUCGAGCACGACUCGGAUCCCUCCUUCCUCCCUGCAGACAACAACGAAGACGAAAACGAUGCCACUUCUACUACAGCAACUACAAAACAACAAGCCGACAGUACGGACAAGGACUCACAAGACAAUGUUCACACCUCCUCGGAAUUGGUUGAAGAGGAGGAGGAUCAGUCGUCGACGAGGGAUCGCGUUGGAAACCCUCCUCAUUACGAGACCCGCAAGGAACGACAGAUUCGGAUCCGGAAACAAUUCAACCAGUUGGACGAGCAACAAUCAGGAUUCGUCGAUGCCGACUCUUUGGUCACUUUCUUUGCUGACGUGACCCCUGACAGAAACGUCCAGCAGCGGUAUGCUGACGAGCUGUUGCAGCUCUGUCACGCCAAGGCCCUGCACCGGAAUCGGACCAACUCCAACGGUCAUAGUGGAGCUCACCGCAACAGGAAUCAGGACGAUAAUACACAUAACGACGAUGGCUUGUCGGAUCAGAGGAGUUUUCAUGGAGCGCCGUCGGAGCAUGGCUACGAUCAGAACGGUGGCGGUGAUGACGGUGACGAUAACGACAGGACGUCUGGAUCGGAUCGCACCGCCCACAAUGGACGACUUCGCUACGACGAUUUCCAGGUCUUUGUGGAGGAGAAGGAGGAGAGGUUAUGGAACCUCUUCCGAGAGAUUGAUCACAACAACGACAACGGUAUGUGCCAACACUUUGUCUACUUCAGACCCACACCCACUACCACCAUGGACUCUCUGCGUUAUAUUGUCAACUGCAUGCAGGAACUCCAAGCGCACGAGAUACAGGCAUCGUUGACCAAGGCAGGAAUCGACCUGUCCGAUGCGGAUCUGGAGCAGUUCAUCAAGGCCAUGGACAGGGACGGAGAUGGAGUGAUCGAUUACGAAGAAUGGCGCGAUUUCUUGGUCUUGCUUCCACGCGAGCCGACUCUGAAGGAAAUCUUCCACUACGUCCAAGAAGUCGUUGCCCAGGUCGGCGUCGAUGGCGAUGUCGUCAUGCCCCCCUCGGAGAACGACUAUGUCGCCAGGUAUCUUUUGGCCGGUGCCAUUGCCGGAGCUGUCUCCAGAACAGUGACGGCGCCAUUGGAUCGGCUGAAGGUGUAUCUUAUCACAAACUCGAUGCCGGCAUUAACGGGACAAGUGGCUCAGGCGGGUCUCAAGCAUAUACCCAAACUCUCGACACCAAGCGCGGUAGCCCCCGUGAAGCAGCGAUUGCUGUGGAACGCGAUCGUUGAACUGUACCAGCAAGGAGGCGUCAAGACCUUCUUCCGUGGCAAUGGACUCAACAUUAUCAAGAUUGCGCCCGAGUCGGCCAUCAAGUUCUAUACGUACGAGACCAGCAAGUCAUUUAUUGUCCACCACAUGCCCUCGAUGACUGUCCAGCACUAUCACCCACCUUCGCCCAACACCACUCAUUCUUCGCCUGUGCAUGUGCCCGAGAUCGCGACUUCUGGACGGUUUUUGGCUGGAGGUAUCGCUGGUUUGGUGUCGCAGUUCUCGAUCUACCCCCUGGAGACUAUUAAGACGAGGAUCAUGUCUUCAACAGUCAAGGUCAAGGCUCAAAAGGCAGCCCCAUCACAAGCCUCAUUACCAUCACCACCAUCAACGGCAUCAUCAUCAUCAUCAUUGGCAUCAACAACCUCAGCAACAGGACUAGGAGCAACAGCAGCAAAACAAACGACGUGUAUACGAUCUGUAGCGCGUGAGAUGUGGCAACAGGCCGGAUUACGAGGAUUCUAUCGAGGACUGGGCCCCUCCCUUGUCGGAAUCUUCCCCUACGCAGCCAUCGACCUGUCUGUGUUUGAGACGCUCAAGUUUGGAUACAUGCGGUGGAAGGUAGGCUUGCAAGAAGGUGACGAAGGAAGCGAGGAGAAGGCGUUGGAUCGGCCCAGCGUGUUUGUGUUAUUGGCUUGCGGAACGAUCAGUGGAAGUGUUGGUGCCACGAGUGUGUACCCGUUGAGUCUUGUCAGGACGCGGUUACAGGCCCAAGGCACGCCGCAGCACCCGCAGACAUAUACUUCGACACUGGAUGUCUUCCGGAAAACGUAUGAGCGUGAUGGUAUCCGUGGAUUCUACAAGGGCAUGGUCCCUACCCUCACCAAGGUUGUGCCAGCUGUCAGUAUCUCGUAUGUGGUGUACGAGUACAGUAAACGGGAACUCGGCCUCUAA